AUGGACUUUACACUCAAGUCCCGUGGUUAUCAUGAACCGGUGCCUUUCAAGGCAGAUACAACCCCAAAAAUGGUUAGAGGCACGUGCCAAGCGAACGGCGCCACAGUCGCGGUUGACAUCGUCAUUUGCGAGUCUUCAGACAUCAAGGAGACGGUGCAUGCCGUGGGCGAUGGCGAUGUGGCCGACACUCAGGACGAUGCGGAGAAUGCUUCUACUGCCGUCGCGGACGCGAGCUCUUUUGUGAGAACUUCAUCGCUCAUGGGCAUGCCAUGUUGUUGUCGCCGCACCGGAAGUAGUCAAGAUGCAACUCGCUCAAUGCUGCUGAUGUACAUAUCGGUCUUCCGCGGUCAGGCCUCUGCGUCUGCCAUAUUGGACAAGCUGCACAAUGACAAUUCAUACGAAUUCGUUUUUGUGGUUGAGGCGACUGGAGAUGCUAAAUUCCUCGAGGGCUCGACCAACCUUGUCAGAAAGGGUGGCAAGCUGGUAGUUUAUGGCGUCUGCAACGACAAUGAUCGUACCUCUUUAUCGCCCAAGAAGAUAUUCAUUGAUGAAAUCAGCGUCCAAGAUCACUUAGGGAUAUGA